AUGGAGGUGGCCGAGCCGAGCUCGAGGCUGUCCGAGGUGAUAACCUAUGGUCCCCGUGACCCUGUCCCCGCCGCCUCCAGCAAUCACGAGACCCUAGUGAUUGAGGUCCUCACAAAUAACUACAUAGUCAAAAAGGUCUACGUUGACCCCGGAAGCUCGGUAGACGUCAUGUACUACCGAACUUUCGAGAGUUUGAAAUUGACCCGGGAGCAACUCACUCCGGUCAGAACUCCCCUUGUCGGCUUCGGGGGACACGUCGUCCACACGGAGGGCAUGGUGAAUUUAACGAUGACUAUCGGGCGUCAUCCCCGUUGCCGAACUGUGCCUGUCAGCUUUGCGGUGGUCAAAGCGGACUCUCCUUACAACAUGCUGAUAGGCCGGCCCACGCUCAAUGCCUUGAGAGCUGUGUACUCAACCUACCACUUGAGCUUCAAAUUCCCAACACCUGCGGGGGUGGCCGAGGUAAGCAGCGACGUGGGCGCCGCCCGAGAAUGCUACCUCGCCACCAUCCAAGCUGCAGUCGGACCUCAGCCCCCGCCGAGGUCAGAAGAAAAGAGGCCGGCUGUCCUCUCCAUAGACUGCAUCGACCCUCACAAGGCAGGAGAGCCCAGCAGGCUUGAGCCCGGGGAUAAGGUGGAACAAGUGGUUUUGGAUAAAGCCAAACCCGACCAAGUGGUCCAAGUAGGGGCCGGACUCCCCUCACCCCUGAAAGAGGAAAUGAUCUCCCUGAUCAAGGACCACCGAGACAUCUUCGCGUGGUCCGCAGAUGAAGUGGUCGGAGUGCCACCCGAGCUCAUGAUUCAUCAACUUAACGUCAACCCACAGGCACGACCUGUGCGGCAGAAACGGAGGCACUUCGGCCCCGAGCGUAGCAAGGCCAUAUCGGAUGAGGUCGAUAAGCUCUUGCCGGCCAAGAUGAUUCACGAGGUCCAAUAUCCCACCUGGCUGUCCAAUCCAGUUAUGGUCAAAAAGGACACCGGUGGAUGGAGAAUGUGUGUAGACUUCACCGACCUCAACAAGGCCUGCCACAAAGAUUGCUAUCCCCUGCCAAGGAUAGACGCCCUCGUCGACUCGGCGAUGGGGUAUGAAGUCCUCUGCUUCCUAGAUGCCUUCAAAGGGUAUCAUCAAAUAGGAAUGAAUGAAGAGGACCAAGAGAAAACGGCGUUCUACACCGACCAAGGUACUUAUUGUUAUACUACCAUGCCAUUCGGGCUAAAGAACGCCGGGGCGACCUACCAGAGAUUGAUCAAUCGCCUCUUCAAAAACCAGAUCGGCUGCAAUGUGGAGGCCUACGUGGACGACAUCCUUGUCAAGAGCCAGGCCACUUCGGCCUUUCUAUCCGAUUUGAGGGAAGUCUUCGGCAUCCUGCGGGAUUCGAGGAUGAAAUUGAAUCCAAAGAAGUGCGUCUUCGGCGUCACCUCCGGAAAAUUCUUGGGGUAUUUGGUUUCCCGCCGGGGAAUCGAGGCCAAUCCCGACAAGGUCAAGGCCAUUCAAGAUAUGUCCCCACCUCGGAACGUGCUAAAAAAGGCUGACCAGUUCGCCUGGACUGAGGAGUGUCAGGCUGCUUUCGACCAGCUGAAGCAGUACUUGCAUCAUCUACCCACCCUUGCUUCACCUCGGCCCGAGAAAAAGCUCUACCUCUACCUCUCUGCAGCCGACGAGGCUGUCAGCGCUGUGCUCAUCCGAGAUGAGGGCACCCAAGUGCCGGUCUACUACGUCAGCCGAGCUCUUGGCGGGCCGGAGACUCGAUACACUCAGGUGGAAAAAUUGGUGCUGGGACUAGUCCACGCAGCUCGGCGGUUGAAGCCCUACUUCUUAGCCCAUCCUAUCUCGGUCAGGACUGACCAGCCCAUUCGGCAAAUAUUGGUGCGACCCGAAGCUUCUGGUCGCCUCACCAAGUGGGCUGUCGAAUUGGGAGAAUAUGACUUGUCCUACGAGCGACGCACCGCCAUAAAAGCUCAAGCUUUGGCUGACUUCCUUGCUGAGCUCACCUUCACGGAAGGUCCGGAGUCCACCUCAGCCUUAGCCGAGGUGUCCACCUCAUCCCUGUGGACAUUGUAUGUCGAUGGAUCCUCUAAUAGAGACGGCUGCGGAGCCGGACUGCUCCUGGAAGGACCUCAGGGGGAGGUGUGCUCGUACGCCCUCCGUUUUGACUUCCCGGCCACCAACAAUGAAGCCGAGUACGAGGCUCUAAUCGCUGGACUCCAGCUAGCCCGCAAGCUCGGCGCUCAGCAAAUCCACGUCCGCAGUGACUCCCAGCUCGUGGUACGCCAAGUUCUCGGUGAAUACGAGGCUAAGGAUGAGACCAUGCAAAGGUACCUCUCCAAAGUUCACCAACUCACCGCAUACUUCGAGUCAUUCGAAAUCCAAAGAAUCCCCCGGUCCCAGAAUAAGCGAGCCGACGCCUUAUCCCGGCUGGCCUCCACUUCAUUCUCUGACCUCAACAAAACGGUCUUAGUGGAAGUUCUGAGUGAACCCGGAUAUGUGGAAGAGGAGGCCUGCCCCGUGCACUCCGAAGAUACCUGGAUGACCCCGUUCAUCCUCUUCUUGAGUCAGGGAACACUCCCUGAAGACCGAGCCGAGGCGAGAAGGAUACAACGCAAGGCGGCUCGGUACGCUCUCCGCAAUGGAGAACUAUACAAACGCUCUUACCUCGACCCAUGGCUGAGGUGUGUCACUCCCGAGGCCGGACGUCACGUCCUCCACGAGAUCCACGAAGGCCUGUGCGGAGCUCACGUCGGCCACAGGAUGUUAGCCAAGAAGACUAUGCUCCAUGGAUAUUUCUGGCCGUCACUUCGGCAAGACUCCCAGGACCUCGUUCUCGGCUGUCCUUCCUGCCAAGUCCACGCACCCGAGCAUCACCAGCCCUCAAAUUUCAUGGUCCCCAUCACUUCACCUUGGCCAUUCGAGCAAUGGGGGACAGAUAUCAUAGGUCCUUUCCCUAAAGCCGUCGGGGGUUAUACCUUCCUAGUGACCGCUGUGGACUACUUCACUAAGUGGGUCGAGGCCGAGCCACUUCGGACCAUCUCGGGUCUAGCCAUCCAAAAAUUCUUUUGGAAAUGCAUUGUCUGCCGCUUCGGCAUACCUCAGAUCAUCAUCUCGGACAAUGGGAGACAAUUUGCCGAGAACCCGUUCAAGACUUGGUGCGAGAACCUCAGCAUCAAACAACACUUCACUUCGGUAGGCCACCCUCAGGCCAAUGGUCAAGCAGAAAACUUCAACCGGACUCUCCUGCAUGGCCUCAAGACCCGACUACACCGAGUUGGGUCAUCUUGGGUGGAGGAACUCCCCAGUGUCUUGUGGUCGUAUCGGACCACGCCGAGGUCAGCGACGCAAGAGACCCCAUUCUCCCUGACCUACGGCGCCGAGGCUGUCAUCCCGGCUGAAAUCCUUACCCCCAGUCCUCGGCUGGCAGCGUAUGCCGCCGAGGUGAACGAUGAAAAGAGGCAGCUGGACCUCGACCUUGUCGAAGAACGAAGGGAUCUCGCCUCAGCCCGGAUAACUUCAUACAAGAACACACUGGCACACUAUUACAAUGCCCGUGUCAGACAUCGUAGAUUCCGUCCUGGAGACUUGGUUCUCAGGAAAAAUUCAGUUAGCCGAGCUGAGCCGCAAGGGAAAUUAUGCCCGAAAUGGGAAGGCCCUUACCGAGUUGUGGAAUCUGACGCUAAGGGGUAUUGUAAACUGAGCUACCGAGAUGGCUCAUUAGUGCCGAGGUCUUGGCACGCCGAGAACCUUAGGUUGUAUUAUGCUUGA